AUUGAAACGACUUCAACUGGUACUACAGCAAACAACAGGUUAACGCACGAACAAGAAACACAAUGGUCAUGUCUAAACUUCACAGUGCUGGUAGUGAUGGCUCUACUUUGAGCCCGAAAGAUGGUCCAUUUGUGGAUUUGGAUUUGGAGGUCGAUGUGGAAGGAGACACGAAGGAUGACUUUUCCACUCUUCUUAUUACUGGUGGCGAUGACGCUAGUGAGAACGAUGGUCCACCUGUUAUCGAUUUCGAUGUCGAUGAAGAUUUGGAAGGAGGCACAAAGGAUGAUGCUUCCAAUGGAAUGGAGAAAACUGGAGAGGAGGACGUUGAGAGUGAUAAGGGUGGUAUUGCGUCCGAUGAAGGCAGUUAUGAUGGGAGUGAGCAGUCAUUCGACUCUGAUCAAGAUCGAGAAGAUGCUGUUCGAGAGGGAUUUGUGUCGUUUCUUGUGGAUAAGCUUGGGUGUACGGUUUUUGCUCCGUUUUUGGAAGCCUUGGACAACUUCUUGAAGUCUAUUCAAGACUUUUUCAUGUCGUUUUUCAAUCGUUUGUUACGUUGUUUCCAGGGUAGUGACGAGCCAGCAGAAGCACAGGAUUUGGUCACAGAAGUUGCAGAUGCUGUGGACCCUUCUGCACUAUCGGUGGACUCUUCCAAGUUAUGGACACAGACCAUUUCAGGCGUCGAGAAAAGUGCUACUGUCCAUGGGUUCGGCGGAGGUCCUAUCGGCACUCCUGGUGUGGCUGAAAUGGCGGCUUCGGCCGAAAUGGCAGCUUCGGCCGCACAAGGUGCUGCAACCUCCUCAGCAUCUGGAGUAGCUGCCAGUGCUGGUGUUGCUGGAACUUCUGCUGCAGGUGUGUCCAGUUGA